AUGGCCUCCGCCAUUAAGAACGCGCUCCCUGCGCACUUGAAGCCAACCAAUGGCUCCGCCGACGACCGUCACCACGGCAAGUCUCAGUCCCAUGUGGCAUUCGAGAACACCAGCACAUCUGUUGCAGCAUCGCAGAUGCGCAAUGCACUCAACAACCUGAGCGACUCGGUCAAGGACCCCCAGGAGAAGAAGCGCUUCGAGACUGAGAUGGACAACUUCUUCGCUCUCUUCCGCCGCUACCUGAACGACAAGGCCAAGGGUAACGAGGUCGACUGGAACAAGAUCAAUCCACCGAAGCCAGAGCAGGUUGUUGACUAUAACAGCCUCAGCAACUCCGAGUCUGUCGAAUUCCUUAGCAAGCUCGCAGUCCUCAAGCUCAAUGGUGGUCUUGGUACCUCCAUGGGUUGUGUUGGCCCAAAGUCGGUCAUUGAGGUCCGUGACGGCAUGUCCUUCCUCGACCUGUCCGUCCGCCAGAUCGAGUACCUCAACCGCACAUACGAUGUUAACGUCCCAUUCGUGCUCAUGAACUCGUUCAACACCGACUCCGACACCGCCUCGAUCAUCAAGAAGUACGAGGGCCACAACAUCGACAUCAUGACCUUCAACCAGUCCCGCUACCCACGUAUCCUCAAGGACUCGCUCCUCCCAGCACCAAAGUCAUUCGACUCGCCAAUCACCGACUGGUACCCACCAGGCCACGGUGACGUUUUCGAGUCCCUCUACAACUCCGGUAUCCUCGACAAGCUCCUCGACCGCGGUAUCGAAAUCCUCUUCCUCUCGAACGCCGACAACCUCGGCGCCGUUGUCGACCUGAACAUCCUCCAGCAUAUGGUUGAGACAAGAUCAGAGUACAUCAUGGAGUUGACGGACAAGACCAAGGCUGAUGUCAAGGGUGGUACCAUCAUUGACUACGAGGGCCAGGCUCGUCUGCUCGAAAUCGCCCAGGUUCCAAAGCAGUACGUCAAUGAGUUCAAGAGCAUCAAGAAGUUCAAGUACUUCAACACCAACAACAUCUGGAUGAACCUGCGUGCAGUCAAGCGCAUCGUUGAGGGCAACGAGCUCAGCAUGGAGAUUAUCCCCAACGGCAAGAGCAUUCCAGCCGACAAGAAGGGCGAGGCCGAUGUUAGCAUUAUCCAGCUCGAGACUGCUGUUGGUGCCGCCAUCCGUCACUUCCAGAACGCACAUGGUGUCAACGUGCCACGUCGUCGUUUCUUGCCAGUCAAGACUUGCUCCGACCUGAUGCUCGUCAAGUCGGAUCUGUACACGCUCAAGCACGGCCAGCUCGUAAUGGACCCCAACCGAUUCGGCCCAUCCCCACUCAUCAAGCUCGGCAACGACUUCAAGAAGGUGUCGAACUUCCAGAGCCGCAUCCCAUCGAUCCCCAAGAUCCUCGAGCUCGACCACUUGACCAUCACUGGUGCCGUCAACCUCGGCCGUGGUGUCGUCUGCAAGGGUACCGUCAUCAUCGUGGCCACGGAGGGUCAGACCAUCGACAUCCCACCUGGCUCGGUCCUCGAGAAUGUGGUGGUGCAGGGUUCGCUCCGCCUGCUCGAGCACUAA